GUAACGACCGGUAACAAACACCUAACCUGUGAUUUGUUUCUUACGUUUUGCAACGUUUUUUCACAAUAAACCACGAAUUCUUAUUGAAUAACGCCAGUGGUGCAUUGAAUAAUCGUUUGUGCACCCCCAACAGCAUCAAUCUUCCCCCCUUAUCGGCUUUUUUGAGGUUAUGUCAACCCGUGUUUAGGGCCAAAACCUCAAAAAUGGACGCGGAUUUAUACGACGAGUUCGGCAACUACAUCGGCCCUGAAUUGGACAGCGAUGACGACGAGGAUGACGAGCCCGAGACCCACGAGGACGAGGAACAGCAAGACUAUGAUGACGAGCAAAUGGACGAGAGCGAGCCCCAACCCAUGGCCAUAGUCCUGCACGAGGACAAGCAGUACUACCCCUCGGCCUUGCAAGUCUACGGUCCCGAUGUGGAGACUAUUGUGCAAGAAGAGGACGCGCAGCCCCUCGACGUCCCCUUGAUCGAACCGGUGAAAAAGAAGAAGUUUCAAUUGAAGGAACAGGAUUUGCCCGACACCUUCUACAAUAUGGAAUUUUUAGCUGAUAUGAUGGAUAAUACCUCGCUUAUACGCAACGUGGCGUUGAUUGGGCACCUCCAUCAUGGUAAAACCACGUUUGUUGAUUGCUUGAUUCGACAAACCCAUCCUGGGUACCAAGACUACGAGGAGAAGAAUUUGAGGUACACUGAUACUCUGUUCACGGAGCAGGAAAGGGGCUGUUCCAUCAAGUCAAUUCCAAUUACGCUACUUUUACAGGAUAUUAAGAACAAGAGUUACUUGAUGAACAUUUUUGACACUCCUGGUCAUGUCAAUUUUUCUGAUGAGGUGACCGCAGCAAUGCGUCUUUGUGACGGUGUCGUGUUGUUCAUAGACGCCGCCGAAGGCGUGAUGUUAAACACCGAGCGUUUAUUAAAACAUGCAGUUCAGGAACAAAUGCAAAUCACAAUUUGUAUUAACAAAAUAGAUCGCUUGAUUCUUGAGUUGAAGUUGCCCCCACAGGACGCCUAUUACAAAUUGAGACACAUCGUUGAAGAAAUAAACGGAUUAUUAACGCUUUACUCCGACGAUGCUAACCCCCAUAUCGUGUCACCCGUUUUAGGAAACGUUUGCUUUGCCAGUUCGCAAUAUGGGGUUUGUUUCACUUUAAAAUCGUUUGCGAAUUUGUAUAAUCUAUGUUAUGGGGAAGUGAACGUUGAUGAGUUUUCAAAACGGCUUUGGGGCGACAUUUACUUCAACAGCAAGACUCGCAAAUUUACGAAAAAAGCCCCCCAUAAUUCCGCUCAGCGCAGUUUCGUCGAAUUCAUCCUGGAACCCCUUUACAAAGUCUUCGCUCAAGUCGUCGGCGACGUUGACACCACUCUAAUUGAUGUUUUAGACGAACUAGGGAUUAAACUCACUAAAAAUGAAAUGAAACUGAAUAUUCGCCCCCUUUUGCGUCUCGUGUGUAAUAAAUUCCUAGGGGAUUUCAACGGUUUUGUCAAUAUGUGUGUCGAGCAUAUCAAUUCGCCGCUUGAUAAUGCGAAGAAAAAGAUUGAUCAUAUUUAUACGGGGCCCAAUACGAGUAAGAUUUAUGAUGAUAUGGUGAAUUGUGACCAGGAUGGGUUGUUGAUGGUGCAUAGCUCCAAGAUGUACCCCACUGAUGAGUGCACGUCGUUUCAAGUUUUGGGGCGAGUGAUGAGUGGCACACUGCAUGCAGGGACCGAUGUGAGGAUCCUGGGGGAGAAUUACACGCUCCAGGAUGAGGAGGAUUCCAGGGUUUUGACCAUCGGGAGACUGUGGAUAUACGAGUCGAGAUACAAAAUCGAGCUAAACCGUGUCCCAGCCGGCAAUUGGGUCCUAAUCGAGGGCAUCGACCAAUCAAUCGUAAAAACAGCCACCAUAACGGACUUGACGAUCUACGAAGACUUGUACAUUUUUCGCCCCCUUAAAUUCAACACUCAGAGUAUUAUAAAAAUCGCUGUGGAGCCUGUCAACCCCUCGGAACUCCCGAAAAUGCUCGAUGGUCUCCGAAAAGUCAACAAAUCUUACCCUUUGUUGACCACUAGGGUGGAGGAAUCAGGCGAACACGUGGUUCUAGGCACCGGGGAGUUGUACCUAGAUUGUGUCAUGCACGACUUGCGAAAAAUGUACUCAGAAAUCGACAUUAAGGUCGCAGACCCCGUCGUUGCUUUCUGCGAGACAGUGGUGGAAACGUCGAGUCUAAAAUGCUUCGCUGAAACCCCCAAUAAAAAAAAUAAACUGACAAUGAUUGCGGAGCCUUUGGAGAAGGGCCUUGCUGAGGACAUUGAAAAUGAAAAUGUCCAAAUCGUAUGGAAUAAGAAAAAGUUAGGCGAGUUUUUCCAAACAAAAUACGAUUGGGAUUUACUCGCAGCUCGGAGUAUUUGGGCUUUUGGCCCUGACAACACAGGCCCCAAUAUUUUAGUCGAUGACACACUCCCGUCCGAAGUCGAUAAGGGGCUGUUGAGCUCCGUGAAAGACUCCAUCGUGCAAGGCUUCCAAUGGGGCACCCGUGAGGGGCCUUUGUGCGAAGAGCCGAUCCGAAACACCAAGUUUAAAAUCCUGGAUGCGGUAAUUGCGAAUGAACCCUUGCACAGGGGCGGAGGGCAAAUCAUCCCAACGGCGCGACGUGUCGUCUAUUCGGCGUUUUUGAUGGCUACACCGAGACUCAUGGAGCCCUAUUUAUUCGUCGAGGUGCAAGCCCCAGCAGAUUGUGUCUCAGCGGUUUACACAGUGUUGGCCAAAAGACGAGGACAUGUCACACAAGACGCCCCCGUUCCCGGAUCACCACUUUACACAAUCAAGGCUUUUAUACCUGCGAUUGAUAGUUUCGGAUUUGAGACCGAUUUGAGGACGCAUACGCAAGGACAAGCCUUCUGUUUGUCGGUGUUUCAUCAUUGGCAAAUCGUUCCGGGGGAUCCCUUAGAUAAGAGUAUAGUGAUAAGGCCUUUGGAGCCCCAACCGGCCACGCAUUUGGCCCGGGAAUUCAUGAUAAAGACAAGGAGACGGAAAGGCUUGAGUCAGGAUGUCUCGAUUAAUAAAUUUUUCGACGAUCCGAUGUUAUUAGAGUUGGCCCGACAGGAUGUUAUGCUUAAUUAUCCACUUUUGUAAUUAAUUUGCCGUAAUAAAACAUUUUUACCA